AUUUACUAAUCACUACUAUGACCCAAAGUAGGAAAAAAAAUGCACUUCUACUUCAGCCAUGACUUUAUUCUAGAGAAGAGGUUGUCAAAACAACUACAUAAAGAAGGUCCCAGAGCCAUUACACCAAAAAUGGAAGAAAAUGCUCAGAAAUGGUCAGCGUAUACUUCUUCAUGAUCAAGUCUAUCCCAGGAGAACGCAGCGCAGGGAGGCAACGCGAUGGAACUCUAGGUCGGUGGGAUGCAGGUGACAAACUCGACGUGGUUCUGGCUUUUGCUACUGGUCUCGGCUGUCACUUCGGGGCUGCUGUACUCCUACUCUACCAAGAUGUUAACCAACAUCAACCUGGGUGAAAUCAGGAUGAUAUCAGUUACCAAUUAUACUCCCAACCUUGAAGAACACAGCCCUUGGAACAGAAAGCCCUGCAAUCUCUCAGUGGCCCAUGCUGUUCAAAAACACGAUCAUUUCAAGAAUAAAUUUAACUUCAGCAUCCCAGUGCUGCUAUGGGACAGGCUUUUCUCCAGGGAGCUCUGGAACCAACUGGAUCAACGGGAUCCUCCCUAUGGCUGGCAGGGACUUUCCUAUGAAGUGAUAGUUUCCACCUUGAACCUCCUGAACACCCCAACCAAUGCUCACCUGUUUGAACACACCAUGAAACAACAUAAGAGUUGCAUUCGAUGUGCUGUUGUGGGCAAUGGUGGCAUCCUCAAUGGGUCCCGUCAAGGUCAAGAGAUUGAUUCCCAUGACUUCAUUUUCAGGGUCAAUGGGGCUGUCAUCAAAGGCUAUGAGAAGGAUGUGGGCACCAAGACCUCAUUCUAUGUUUUCUCUGUGAACACAAUGAAGAACUCUCUGAUUUCUUACAGGAAACUGGGCUUCACUUCAGUGCCCCAAGGCAAAGACUUGCGCUAUAUCUUCAUUCCCUCAAAUAACCGGGACUAUCUCAUGCUAAGAUCAGCCAUUCUAGGUAUGCCUGUCCCUGAAGGCCGUGACAAAGGAGAUCAACCACAGGCCUAUUUUGGACCAGAAGCCGCUGCAAGUAAAUUCAAGCUGUUACAUCCAGAUUUCAUCAACUACCUGAAAGAGAGUUUUCUGAAAUCCAAACUCAUCCAUACAAAGAGGGGGCACCUCUAUAUACCUACCACUGGGGCUCUUAUGUUGCUGACAGCUUUGCAUACCUGUGACCAGGUCAGCGCUUACGGGUUUAUGACGAGCAAUUACUUCAAUUUUUCUGAUCAUUAUUAUGAACACAAGAAGAAGCCUGUGGUGUUUUACAUGAAUCACGACAUGCCCAUGGAAGCCAUCCUGUGGAGGAAUUUGCACAAUGCAGGCAUCAUGCAUCUAUAUCAGCGCUGAAUCCAAAGCAAAGCAAAACCAAGCCAAGCCAUAAUUACACAGCCAAACUCAGCAUUUCUUUAUGAAGUCACUCCCAAGUUCUGAGCUCUAAGGCCCUGCCCUUGAUUAAGAAUUAACAGAUGCUUUCCAGAAGCAUUAUCUUGAAACUGAAAAUGCUCAGCCCUACAAUGGAGAUGAAAAAUAUAUAACUUGAAACCAGGGUUAGGGGCCAUAGUGGCUUGCUGCUGCUAUCUCCCAGACUCCUGCAUUUUGCCGCAGGGAGCAGGCAUCACUAAUUUGGAAAUCACAAAACAAAACUUCAAUCACACCCUCUUUUACCCCUCAAUACCCUACAAUAGUGCAAAAACCACCAAAAAAAUUUCUUAAACACAAAACGUGAAACUCUGCCCAGAGACAACAGAAAAGCAGUAUCAGAAGAACAAUUCAAGAACCAUUCAGUAAGAUAAUAACAGCAGGUCUCUGAGAACAAGAUCAAUUCCUGCAACUUAAUUUUCUGUCCAAUAGGGAGGGGAGGGGAGGCACUCCCACCUGAUGAAUGGGUGGAUAAUUGAAUGUAAUUUGAAACAUUUUCCAACUCUGUAUGAUUACAUAAAUAUUAAAUGA